AUGGCGGCUAAAAUUUCAUUUCUGGAUGAAGAGCUCUGCUGUUCUGUGUGCUGUGACAUCUUCAAGGACCCUGUUGUCCUGAAAUGCAGCCACAGCUUCUGUAGAGUCUGUCUGCAGCAGUGCUGGAAAGAGAAGAGCUCUCGGGAGUGUCCCAUCUGCAGGAGGAAAGCCUCUGUGGGGGAUCCUCCUGUUAACCUGGCUUUAAAAAACAUUGUGGAGUCCUACUUAAAGCAGAAGACUGAGAGUGAAGCUGCAGAUUGCUGCCGUCUUCAUGGAGAGAAGCUUCUGCUCUUCUAUGAAGACGAUGAGGAGGCUCUCUGUGUCCUGUGUGAGACUUCAAAAAAACACAGAAAUCACCAGCUCUGUCCAGUGGAAGAGGCUGCACACGAUAUGAAGUGGGACUUCAAAAUUGACCUAAAAUGCAUCCAAGGAAAGCUGAAUAGAUUCACUGAAGUUAAACAAGAGUGUGAAAAAUGUGUUUUUGAAUUGCAGACUCAGGCCCAGCACACAGAGAGGCAGAUAAAGGCAGAGUUUGAGAAGCUCCACCAGUUCCUGCGAGAUGAAGAGAAGGCCAGACUAGCUGCACUGAAGGAGGAAGAGGAGCAGAAGAGUCAGAUGAUGAAGGAGGAGAUAGAAAACAUCUCAAGACAGGUCUCCACCCUUUCCAACAAAAUUACAGCUAUAGAGAAGGCCAUGGAUGCUGAAAACAUGCUUCAGCUGCAGUUGACUCCUGCUUGUCAUUACAGAGCCCAGUGCACACUGCAGGAUCCAGAGCUGCUUUCAGGGGCGCUGAUAGAUGUGGCCAAACACCUGGGCAAUCUGAAGUUCAGAGUCUGGGAGAAGAUGCUGGGGAUGGUGCAGUACACUCCUGUGAUUCUGGAACCCAACACUGCAAACCCCUGGCUUUCUCUGUCUGAUGAUCUGACCAGUGUGCGAGACACUAAUAUAGCACAACAGCUUCCUGACAACCCAGAGAGGUUUAACUUCUCUGGUUGUGUGCUGGGCUCUGAGGGGUUUACCUCAGGAAAACACACCUGGGAGGUAGAGGUGGGAAAUGAGCCCAGAUGGGAUGUAGGAGUGGCUAAAGAAUCCAUGAACAGGAAGAGGGAGAUUGCAUGCUGUCCACAGAGAGGAUUCUGGGUUAUAAGAAAACUCCAGAGGAUCAGAGUGCAGCUGGACUAUGACAGGGGGGAGGUGUCCUUCUAUGACCCCAGUGACAUGUCACACAUCUACACUUUUAAAGACACGUUCACUGAAAGACUCUUCCCAUUUUUCUGUCCUUGUAACACCACUUAUCUCAGUAACCCUGGAGUCCUGCAGAUCUGCCCAGUGAAGGUGUCUGUAACAUUGAUGCCAUAA